ACUGAGGCUGAUGUAAAUCCAAAGGCCUAUCCCCUCGCGGAUGCACACCUCACCAAGAAACUGUUGGAUCUUGUUCAGCAGUCAUGUAACUACAAGCAGCUUCGGAAAGGAGCCAAUGAGGCCACCAAAACCCUCAACAGGGGCAUCUCUGAGUUCAUUGUGAUGGCUGCGGAUGCUGAGCCCCUGGAGAUCAUUUUGCACCUCCCUCUGCUGUGUGAAGACAAGAACGUGCCCUACGUGUUUGUGCGUUCCAAGCAAGCCCUGGGGCGGGCCUGUGGGGUCUCCAGGCCUGUCAUCGCCUGUUCUGUCACCAUCAAAGAAGGCUCCCAGCUGAAACAGCAGAUCCAGUCCAUUCAGCAGUCCAUUGAAAGGCUUUUAGUCUAAGCCUGUGUCCUCUGGCACGCUCUCCCUGCUGACUCCUUCCCCUGAGGUUGUGUAUCAUAUUGUCUGUGUUAGCAUGUGGUAUUUUUGGCUACUUUUUAUUGUUAUAAAAUGUUGUAGCACUAAAUCUGGUUUCUGGAUUUUUGUAGUUUUGUUUUGUUUUACAGGGUUGUUUCACCCCCAUCUCUCCUUCCACCUUCUCUCUGCCAUCCUUUUAUUCUCCCUUUUGAAAAACAAACUAAUGCCCAGAAUAGACAGCAGCAGGAUGGUGGCUCCAUUCAAAGGCAGGAAGAGCCGGGAGAAACCUACUGAGCCCACAUAGAGAUCUGGUUCCAGUUUUCAUCUGCUAACUUCCUACUGUGUGCAGGGUGUGAUGGGAGUAAACACUGUGCAUCUAUAUCCCUAGUGCCUGGCAUAAGGAUUCUUUCCAUCCGUGUUAGAAUGAUUGAGGAGUUUCCUUUGUUCUCUAGGGGAUUGUGUACUACUUGGGGAGGAAGCAUGUGUUCUAUGAGGUUGUUAGGCUUAUGUCCAAGUGUCAUUUGCUAAUUACCCCUGCUGUUUGCUUUUGUUAACAUAUUAUGUUCUUCCUACCCACCCCCAACCGUGCCCCUGAGGGUGGCAGGGCAGCAACAAAGAGAUGUGCUGCAGGAUUCCAGAGGUGGCCUGGGUGAGUUAGGCGUGGGACAGUUUACCUACACCUUGAGAGUGGCAGAAGCAAAGAGGGGUCAACUGGUGCUGGAGUAAAAGUUUCUGGGAAAAUCAUGGAGACCUGGCUGGAAGCUACAGCGGAGACAAUGGAAUCCAAAGAAGCGUCUCUUUGGUCAAUGUGGGGGGAGUUUCUUCAUUGGACACUUGGCACCAGCUCUGAGAUCCCGUAACCCUGUUUCCUGCCACAGUGUGGGUCAGAUGUAUUCUUUAUCACAUGAGGGGAGUGCUAAUAUGUCACUCAUUCUUGUGAGCAUCCUAAUAAAUAUAUUCAUAUUCCAAUUUAAA